UCUCUUUUUGCAAUAAAUGGCCUUCAGCGAUCAUAAACGAGCUAAAUUUAGAUAUUUGACCAUUAGCAGGAAGCACUACAACUACGACUACUGUUUUUUAAACAAUGCGACAAUGGGAUGGCGAAGAUGGCCUUUCCUGUACCACGUUGAUGUGUAGUGGUCAGAUUUGAUCGAGUUAAAUGGACUAAGUUCGAUGAACGCGUUGAAAUUGAAUAAUUUUAUUAAAAUAUCUUUUGUCUCACCUCACAGAAAUUAUCUUAAAUUAUCUUUGAAACGUGUAGUUCAGAGCUACAUAUUAAAAAUGGAAAAUCCUAUUUCUCCACAACCAUAUUUAAAUGGACUAUCGGACAUAACAACAGGUGGUAUAAAAAGGUACACUCAUGAUCAUUUACCGCCAAGGCCUGUGGUAUUUUGUGGACCAUCGGGAAGUGGAAAAUCUACGCUUUUGAAGUAUUUGAUGAACGAGUUCCCGGAGUACUUCGGCUUUAGUAUUUCACAUACUACCAGAAAGCCAAGACCAGGAGAAAAACCUGGAAAAGAUUAUAACUUUGUGAGCAGAUCUGAGUUUGAAAGAGCGAUUGAAAACAAUGAAUUUCUGGAAUAUGCUGAAUUUUCUGGAAAUAUUUAUGGCACUAGUAAAAAAGGUGUAAAAUGUGUUCAAAACCAAGGAAGGAUAUGUAUCCUGGAUAUUGAAAUUGAAGGUGUGAAGAAUGUAAAAAAGACUGAUCUGAAUCCUAGAUUUAUCUUCAUAAAACCACCCAGUUUGCAAAUAUUGGAAGAGCGUUUGCGAGGUAGAGGCACCGAAAGCGAAGAGAGUAUUCAAAAAAGACUAGCCAGAGCAAAGGAAGAACUUGCAUAUGGUGAAGUGCCAGGAAACUUUGAUUUCGUGCUGGUUAACGAUGAUGCUGAAGAUACAUACAAACAGCUUCGAAGUUAUCUGAUGCCAGACAUUGAGGAAUUGAAAAAAAGAAAGCGUAUCUGAACUGUGCUGCCUGCUAUAUCAUAGCAGCAUCUGUAAAUACUUUCUUUCACUGUUGUAUAUGUUGACAAACAUCAUAUCACUUUCCUCCAUUAGAUGGCUCACUGACACUUCACAACUGUAGAAGCUUCUUUGCUUUUGUUCAUCUUUAUUUAUUUUCAUUUAUUUAUUUCCUUUCUUAUGGCAACAUGCCGAGUCUAUGCUCAGCAUUUUUCUGUACAAAGGGCCCAAUUUGUCCGAAAAGCAUUGGCAAGUUUUUCCAGUGGCUAUGACUGUGAUUUAAGAGACUAGCUGUAUAUAAUUUUGAUUGCAAAUAUACGAGAACAGCAAAAUCAAUUUUUUACAUUCUAAAUAAAACCGUUUUUGCAUUGAAAGUUUUUUCCCUAAACUUUUACUCCAAACAAAAAUUGUGCCUGAAGUUUAUUUCAAUAUUGUAAAAUGAAAUUUGUAAAAAUCAUUUAAACUAUGAAUCCAACUUUGUUAAUCCAAAAAUUUUCAUAAAUUAGAUGAUUUUAAAAUGAAACUUUUAUUCCUGUUUUGUGGCAUUUCUUUUAUGAAAUGCAAGUUUUUUUGAUACAGUAAUUCUUAAAAUUUGACUUGUGAUGUUUAUCUUUGUAUCACCUACGGAUGCACCGAUUAAUCGGCAGUACCAAUUAAUCUGCCACUUUGCGGAUUACUUAUAAUCUGGUAAAUUUUGAGGAUUAAUCGGUGGAAAAAAUAUUUUCUAAAAUACAUUUUUUCAAUCAUACCUUCAACAAGGAACUAUGAUGAGUAUAUUUGUUAACAAUAAUAUUUUGAAUAAAUAUUUUUCCUAUUUUGAAUAAAUACACACAUGUAAACAAAUUUGCCACAAAUUUCAUUUGUCAACCCUUUUCUCCUUUAGCAUAAUGCUUUUAGAUAUAUUCUUAAAAAAACUAGAAGUUAAGUCUUGGAUUAAAUGGUUACUAAUAAUUAAAAAAUAAAUUGAAAUUGCUCCCAUAUUCGCUUGCUGACAGGCUACCCAAAUUUUAAUCUCUAGUUAACAUAAUGUAAUUUUAUUAACAAUAAUAUGGAAAUUGGCUCGAAGAAAUAAAAUGAAAUUUUAAAAUUAUUUUUGGAAAAGAGAAAAAUAAAUAGUCUCUCGGAAAUAAAUUAUUAACUAUUUCUUAAGUCGAAAUUAUAAAAGAAAAAUAUAAUGGAGAAAUUUGUGGUUUUAAAAAUAAUCAUUAUGAUCAUUAAUUGGCUCUGCCGAUUAUCAACAGCCGAUUAUUCGGUAAUCAACCAAUUUGCUUAUCGGCGCAUCCUUAGUAUCAUCUUACUAAAGUAGAUCUAAAUAUGCUGCAUUUACCUUGUCAUAUCAACUAAUGUGAAUAAUGAAAUACGUGUGAAUGUUCUGAUAACAAAUGGUUUGGUUUGUAUUGCAUGUAAAUUACAUGUUUUUGUACAUGAAUGUAGCUUUGGUACAGCUUUUGUGCAGCUUUCACAUUUUGGAAUUGAAUUUUACAAUUUUUAUGCAUUUCUCUCGAUUACUGUUCUUUUAGACUUUGUAAUCGCGUAAAUAUCAUUUGUCUGUUGAAAAGAAUUCUCCAACUUGAUUUUGUAAUCUUUGCUUUUACUUUUAUACAGUGUGUCUGUCUGUAUAUAGAAUUAGAAAAUAAAAAGAAAACUA